AUGGAGCUAACCAAUUCGACGGUCAAGUCGCCGGAGGCCGACCCGGACACCCCUAUCCCGACGCCCGCCAAGCCCCCUCCCUUCACAAACGGCGUGCUCAAGCGCCACGCGCCGCCGCCGCCGCCGCCGCUGCACCUCCACCCCCCGGUGGUCGUCACCUACCGCGAGUGCCUCAAGAACCACGCCGCCGCCCUCGGCGGCCACGCCCUCGACGGUUGCGGCGAGUUCAUGCCCUCGCCGGCCUCCAACCCCGCCGACCCCACCUCCCUCCGCUGCGCCGCAUGCGGCUGCCACCGCAACUUCCACCGCCGGGAGCCGGAGGACGCGGCGGCGCUCCUCCUCCCGCCGGCCCUGGAGUACCGGCCCCUCCACCGCCACCACCCCCCGCCGCCGGGAGACUCGCCGUCGCCUCCGCCGAUCUCGUCGGCGUACUACCCGGCGUCGGCGCCGCGCAUGCUGCUGGCCCUGAGCCAGGAAGGCGCGGGAACACCAAAUCCGGCGGGGCGGAGAAGGUUCCGGACAAAGUUCACGCAGAAGCAGAAGGAGAAAAUGGCGGAGCUGGCGGAGCGCGUGGGGUGGAAAAUGCAGAGGAAGGACGAUGACGUCAUCACGGGUUUUUGCAGAGAGAUUGGAGUGGACAAGCUGGUUUUCAAAGUGUGGAUGCACAACAACAAGAACACUUUUGCCAAGAACACUACUAACACUACUCAAACUCAUCAUCAACACACCAACAUAAACCUUCUUCACCUUCAAACUGAUGAUACUGCUCAUCAAAUUCCGGCAACUAAUUCUUCUUCCUCUUGA